AUGCGCUCUUUCCGCCAGCUCGCUCUCCUCGGCCUACCGCUGCUCGGUGGAGUUGUAGCCAACGAACCUGCUUCGCCGUCUCCCACCAAAGGACAGGCCCAGAACGCCGUCCAGGCCAUCUACGCGAACGCCAAUGAAGCUUUCCAGGACCUGCUCAAUGCUCUACCCGAGGAGUCUCUGCACGUAGCCUUGAAUUCCCUCCACCACUACCGCGAGGGCGUUUUCGAGUCGAAUAAACGUGGCGUGGAGCACAUUCACCAAGACAACCCGCCGCUCGCUACCAAGCUCAUUGUCGCCGCCGUAAACGACCUCAAGAAGAGACAAGCACCUGCAUCCAACAAUGGAACAGCUCCCACCACGCAGAGCGAGCAGCCCCAGAGCACAGAUACGCCUCAGAGCACGCAAGCCCCGUCCGAGAGCAGCCAAGCUCCACCGGAAAGCAGCCAGGCAUCCGAGAGCUCUCAAGACCAGCCGCAAAGCACUGGCGCCCCCGAGAGCUCCAAUGCCCCAGCAUCGCAGAGCAGUGCCGCUCCCCCAGAGAGCUCCGCCGUCGUCAUCCCCGUCUCUGUGACCACAACCGACUCCGAUGGCCGCACGACGGUAGCAACCUCCGAAAUUCUAUCCCGCCCCACAGCCUCCAUCGCCGUCCCCGUGACCCGGACCAACUCCCAGGGCUCCACCGAAGUCGCCACCGAAACCAAGCCCGCCGUCGUCUUCUCGACCACUGACAGCGCCGGUCAGGCCAUUGUGACAACCUCCGCGGUCGACUUUGCGCCCACAAAGGGCCAGGUGCUGACGACGACGAAUGCAGAGGGCAGCACGUUCUUGACCACGUACACGCCCGGCAGCGGACGCGUGAGCAGUAUUGUGCUGCUUACUACGACGGGUGCGGAUGGCCAGCAGAGCGUGGUGACGAGCUAUACUUACGUGGACCCGGCGGCGCAGGCAACGGAAGGGAGCUCUGAUGAGCCUGGCAGCACCGCGAAGCCCAGUCUGCAGAAGGGUGCGGCGGCGGCGGGAUAUCGCGUUGUGGACGCUGCUGUGCUGGGUGGCGCUGCGCUGGCGUGGUUCAUAUGA